AUGGAUGAGGACCCUAAGAUGCCGGAGCUCCUCGCCACCCUGCUGGGCCUUCCGGAAGAUCUCCCAUACACCCCUGAUGAAAACCUAAGCCCCUACUACACGAGGAAAUGGGGCUUCACCAUUUACCGCACCCCAUAUGGCGGUCCCGAGUCUGACAAAGCCUGCCCACAUUCCGACCCCCACAAUCCCGAACUUAGGGACGCGAGCUUGGAUCGUCUGCACCAGUUCCAUGCGGAUAACACCCGCACCGGAAAGGCUCUCCCGAAUGAGGAUUGGGCCCUGAGCAUCAUAUUCUUUGUGGCCGAUCAGUAA